AUGUCCUUUGACGACCUACACAAGGCCACAGAGAGAGCAGUCAUACAGGCCGUGGACCAGAUCUGCGACGAGUUCGAGGUCACGCCCGAGAAACUGGAUGAGCUAACCGCUUACUUCAUCGAACAAAUGGAAAAGGGCCUUACCCCUCCACAGGAAGGCCACACGCUGGCCUCGGACAAGGGUCUCCCCAUGAUCCCCGCCUUCGUCACCGGGUCACCCAACGGGACCGAACGCGGUGUUCUGCUAGCCGCCGACCUGGGCGGUACCAACUUCCGUAUUUGCUCCGUGAACCUGCAUGGGGACCAUUCUUUCUCCAUGGAGCAAAUGAAGUCCAAGAUCCCAGACGAUUUGUUGGAUGACGAGAACGUCACCUCGGACGACCUGUUUGGGUUUCUGGCACGUCGUACGCUGGCGUUCAUGAAGAAGUACCACCCGGACGAGCUGGCCCAGGGCAAAGACGCCAAGCCCAUGAAGCUGGGUUUCACUUUUUCGUAUCCCGUGGACCAAACGUCUCUAAACUCCGGGACGCUGAUCCGCUGGACCAAGGGGUUCCGUAUCGCAGACACCGUCGGAAAGGACGUGGUGCAGCUGUACCAGGAGCAAUUGCGUGCCCAAGGCAUGCCCAUGGUCAAAGUCGUCGCAUUGACCAACGACACCGUCGGAACGUACCUGUCGCAUUGCUACACGUCCGACAACACGGACUCGAUGACCUCCGGGGAGAUCUCGGAGCCGGUCAUCGGGUGCAUUUUCGGCACCGGUACCAACGGGUGCUACAUGGAGGAGAUUAACAAGAUCACCAAGUUGCCCCAGGAACUGCGCGACAAGUUGAUAAAGGAGGGUAAGACCCACAUGAUCAUCAAUGUGGAAUGGGGGUCGUUCGACAACGAGCUCAAGCACUUGCCCACCACCAAGUACGACGUAGUGAUCGACCAAAAGCUGUCGACCAACCCGGGGUUCCACUUGUUCGAGAAGCGUGUUUCCGGCAUGUUCUUGGGUGAAGUGCUGCGUAACGUUCUGGUGGACUUGCACUCGCAGGGCCUGCUCUUGCAACAGUACCGCACUAAGGAGCAACUGCCCCGCCAUUUGACCACGCCCUUCCAGUUGUCGUCCGAAGUGCUAUCGCACAUCGAGAUUGACGACUCCACGGGCUUGCGCGAGACGGAGCUGUCGUUGCUACAGAGUCUCAGAUUGCCCACCACGCCAACAGAGCGCAUGCAAAUCCAGAAACUGGUUCGCGCGAUCUCCAGAAGAUCCGCGUACUUAGCCGCCGUGCCGCUCGCUGCCAUUUUGAUCAAGACCAAUGCUUUGAACAAGAGAUACCACGGUGAGGUCGAGAUUGGUUGCGACGGUUCCGUGGUCGAGUACUAUCCCGGGUUCAGGUCCAUGCUGAGACACGCCCUGGCCCUGUCGCCCUUGGGCGCGGAGGGUGAGAGAAAAGUGCAUCUGAAGAUUGCCAAGGAUGGCUCCGGUGUCGGUGCCGCGCUGUGUGCGCUUGUUGCAUGA